UAUCACUCAUGAAACCAGACAACAUAAAUAAUGACCUAAGAGUUGGUCUCAACUUUAAAACUAUCAUAUGUUUGCAUGAUAACGUAAUUAUUUAGCAGGCUGUUAAUAUUUUGAGGUCAUCUAUGCUGAAAGGAGAAAUCCUGCAUCGAGAAUAAAAUGAGUGAAGUAUACACUGAUACUGUAAAGAUCCAUACAGAAGUGGGCUAUGCUACUGUAAAGUGUGCUCCUAUUACAACUGUCCAAGAAAUUAUUUCAGUAGCUAUGAGAACUAUCUCGUUAACAUCAUCUCCACAGAUUUAUGGACUACAGCUAUCAAGGAAAUUCGAUAAAAGUGAUCCUCACAGACAUAUUUUAUGCAGACACUUGACGCUUUCUAUUUAUUUAUUUCCAACAAAGUUUGAAGAGGCGGCAAGAAAUGAUAGAGCUACUCUGUUUUAUCUUCAUCAACAGACUAGAAAUAUAUAUUAUUCCGGCUUAAAAUAUAUUAAAGAUGUCGAUUUGGCACUUGAAGUUGGGUGUCUCAAUAUAAGAAGUUUUAUGUCCUCUCCGAAGCUGUCUGUCAAAGAAAUAAUCGAAACGGUUGAGAAAGUGAGAGAUAUCUCAACAUUUUUUCCUCCAUGCGUUUUGCAGAACUUCAAGGGCAAGGCGUUCAGAAAGGCUGUGCAAAAUUAUUUGGCAAAGAUAAUUCACUAUUCAGAGGAGGACUGUGCAUUAGAUCUACUAAAUCGUUACCUGGUCCUGCUACAGUUUGAUCGAGAUGUAAUCAAAUGUAGACUUGGGGCAGGAUGGGGUAUUCCAGUGGACUUAAUUAUUGGACCACGUUUUCAGGUAUCUAUAAUUGUUGAAAAUGGCCGCCAGGUAAGCUGUAAUAUAUUCGUCUAGAUACAUAGACUCGAAUAAAUGUUUUCACCUUCAAAAAGACCGAAAAUGCUUACGUUUUGCCACGAAAUCAAUAAUUGUAUCACAUAAUGGCUACUUA